AUGGUCUGGGACACCACCGACACGCACUUCGGGCUGGCCCGCCAAGAUGUCGCCAGCUUGCAGCGCAUGCCGAUCGAGUGGGUCCAGGCCGUGAUGCCCGUCCUGAUGCGGUUGUCUCUCAGGCACGAGCAGGGCCUAAGCCAGCUCGAGGCCGCCAGCUACAGGCACGUGCAGUUGCCCACCAAGCACGACGUUGUCCAGUCGAUGCAGCUGACUGCGAAGUACUACGGCACGGAGGCCGCCAGGAUCAGGAAAGACAAGAGGGAGCAGCUGGAGUCGGGCCAGACGGUCGACGAGCUGGUGGCCCUGGGCAUCCCCCACCCGCACGUGUGGAUGGCGCUGGUGGGCGCCCUCGUCGCACAGGGCGAGAAGAUAGGUCAGCAGAACCUGGCGGCUCUUACGCAGUACCAGCAGAAGGCCAGGCAGGAGCGCCCGACCAACAGCACCCUAGCGGACGACAUUCACCAUUGUCGAAUGCAAAGCACCCACAAUGGAGAGAUGACGAAGAUCUGGAUUGCGGUGGACCCUCCCACGCUCGAGAACACAGUGGUCAGCUCUAUGGCCGACGUGGGCUCAACGGACCCAGCGGACGUCGGCGAGUCUGCGACCCAGGGGAUCCCAGAGAGUACCUCCGUCCUCGACCCAGGCUACGACUCCGUCACUUUCCGCGCCCCCGACUCAGAGGAGACCUGA